UAACAAUCGAAUCUAAUAUUUUUUCUUGUUUCGGAAAAUCAUGGCUGAAUCUGUAAAAGAGAUGACUUCCAAAUUCGACAAGUUGGAGAAAUUCCAAGGAGUUGAUUUCCGUCGCUGGCAAAAGAAGAUGCACUUUCUGUUGACCACACUGAAGGUGGUUUACGUUCUGAGUACGCCUAUGCCAGCGUAUCACGAAGAUGAAACUAUUGAGCAGUCAAGGCGUCGUUCCAAGUGGGAAAACGAUGACUACAUCUGCAGGGGCCAUAUUCUAAACGGUAUGUCUGAUACUUUAUUUGAUAGUUACCAAAACGUGGAGAGUGCGAAGGAAUUGUGGAAUUCACUUGAGUCCAAGUAUAUGGCUGAGGAUGCUUCUAGUAAGAAGUUCCUUGUUAGUGAUUUUUAUCACUAUAAGAUGAUGGACUCAAGACCUGUUAUGGAACAAUACAAUGAAAUUCUUCGCAUUCUGGGCCAACUCACUCAACAUAAUAUGAAGAUGGAUGAGUGCGUCGUAGUAGCGAUGAUAAUUGAAAAAUUACCACCAACAUGGAAGGAUUACAAGCGUGAUCUGAAACAUGGGAAUGAAGAGUUGUCUCUGUUACAACUCGGUAGUCACAUACAGAUUGAGGAAUCACUCCGCAUUCAAGAAGGUGACAAAAAUAAGGCAAAGCCUGAUGUUGGACAGCCUACUGUCCACAUGGUUGAAGUAAACAAAAACAAUCAAAAUCACAAGGGAAAAGGCAUCAAACGCAAGAAUGAUAGCCGAGACAAACCAAAUAAGAAUCCUAAGGAUCUGGUUUGUUGGAGAUGUCAAAAGACGGGUCAUGUUAAGCGUGAUUGUCGGGUGAAUCUCAAUAAGAACAAUGUUGCAAAUAGUGGUGGAGGAAACAGUGGUGGUGGAAACAGUGGGCCUAAGGACUCUACUGCAUCUAGAGGCGGAUGAUGACCGUACAUGGUGGGUUGACUCGGGUGCCACAAGUCAUAUGUGUAAAGAUCGUCGAUGGUUCGAGAAAUUGACACCAGUUGAUGAUGGUUCCACGGUGAUGAUGGGUGAUAAGUCGAGUCAACCAAUUUGUGGCUUUGGAGUUGUUAGUCUUACGUUUACUUCGGGAAAAACAAUAAAGUUGUCUGAUGUUUUAUUUGUUCCUAGGCUUAGUAAGAACCUUGUUAGUGGUGGUUGUUUAAAUUCUGAUGGCUUUAAGCAAGUCUUUGAAUCGGAUAAAUUUAUUUUAUCUCGAUUUGGCACGUUUGUUGGUUUUGGUUAUUUUACUAAUCGUAUGUUUUGCUUGAAUUUGGUUGAUACUUUAUCUUCUGUUGGAAAUUCUGUGUUUG